GGCUGUUUUGUUUAAUAAGUAUCAGCUAAAACAAGAGUAAAUGCAGAUCACUUCUCCCCAGGCAAAUAAAACUCUCCAGGACAGUAUAUUUUACUUCAAAAUUAUAUGGCAAUUUUUUUUCUUCUUUAGGUUCCAGAAACAUAUCCAUAUAUGGUCUACUUGUCAGGGACAAUAAAUAAUGAUGUAAUAGAAAGGUCAACUUUGUGUCAUUUAGCUACAGGAUGUUGAUGAAGUGAAGUUCUUCAGAUAAUGCAACAAAGAAGAACUUUAGGAUUGGUACAAGUUUCUGCUGUGCAUCUUCAAACAGGAAAUCUGAGAUUGGGAACAACUUAUAUUUUGGCUUGUAUUCGCUGAUCAUGGGGUGAUCCAGAAAUAAACUCCAGGCUUCAAAGCGAGCGUGUUUCAAAGCUGUCCUGCAGUUGAUCGAAACAUCCCGGCAAAGCAGGGAGACAAAUACCAGCGAGGAUUUUCUGAAUUAAGACUUAACCAAGAAGAUAACCCAUUUCAGCACUAUUAUUACCCUUUUAUUUCAGAACAAAAAGGAAAGCAAAGAAUUAUAAAAAUGGCUACAACGGCAGCAAACACUCAAAGACAAACAAUAGGCUGCGAGGAGUACAGUCUGUACAGCAGCCUGAGCGAAGAUGAGCUUAUAAAGAUGGCCAUCCAGCAGAGCUUGGAAGAGGAUGCAGCAGGUCAGCCAGCGGCCCAGAGCCCCCAGAAGUCGAUGGUGGCCCGUGCUGGUGAGGUGGCUGCCCCGAGCCGUGCCAGCCCCCACAACCCUCCCUACCGCAUCUACCCCUGGCAAAGAUUGGCGGCCCAGCAGACAGGCCGUGCUCAGCCAUCCAGCUCGGGGGCAGCCUGGGGGGUCAGGCGAAGGCACGACAGCAGCACGUCCCAGUCCGUAGAAAUUGACCCUGUAGUGGCAGCAAUCAAGAAUGGAGAUGAAAAAGCAGUAUGCAACAUGAUGAAAUCAGGAAAAAACCUUUCUGUACCUAAUAAGGAUGGCUGGAUACCCCUCCAUGAAGCUGCAUACUAUGGCCAAGUGGGCUGCCUGAGCCUGCUGCAAAAAGCAUACCCUGGCACCAUCGACCAGCGCACCCUCAAUGAGGAGACAGCUCUCUACCUGGCCACCAGCCGGGGCAACCUGGACUGCCUGCUCACCCUGCUGCAGGCUGGGGCUGAGCCCGACAUCUCCAACAAGGCCAGAGAAACACCACUCUACAAAGCUUGUGAGCGCAAGAAUGCAGAGGCUGCAAGACUCCUGGUGCAGUACAAUGCAGAUACCAACCAUCGUUGCAAUCGAGGCUGGACUGCUCUCCAUGAAGCUGUCUCCCGAAAUGACCUGGAGAUUAUUGAUAUCCUUGUGAAAGGGGGUGCCAAGAUUGAGUCAGCAAAUGCCUACGGAAUCACUUCUUUAUUUGUGGCAGCUGAGAGUGGGCAAUUGGAAGCUUUGAGAUACCUUGCAAGAUGUGGUGCUGAUAUAAAUACACAAGCCAGUGAUAAUGCCUCUGCUCUUUAUGAAGCCUGUAAAAAUGGACACGUACCUAUUGUGGAGUUUCUUUUGUCCCAAGGAGCAGAUGCUAACAAAGCCAAUAAGGACGGCCUGUUACCUCUUCACAUAGCAGCCAAAAAGGGGAUUUGCGAGAUUGUCUCCAUGCUGAUCCCUGUGACCAGCCGCACCCGUGUCAAGCGUAGUGGCAUCAGCCCCCUGCACUUAGCAGCCGAAUGUAACAAUGACGACAUCUUGGAAGAGCUGAUAGAUGCUGGCUACGAGGUCAACACUGCCCUCUCUGAUGAACGGUCCUGCCUUUAUGAGGACAGACGCACCACCCCGCUCUAUUUUGCUGUUUGUAACAACAAUAUCUACGCCACAGAGCUGCUGCUGCAAGCUGGAGCCAACCCCAAUGUUGACCUCAUUAACCCAUUACUCAUCUCCAUCCGCCAUGGCUGCCUGAAGACCAUGAAACUGCUUCUUGACCAUGGAGCAAACAUUGAUGCCUAUAUAUCAAGUCAUCCCACCACAUUUCCAGCUACCAUCAUGUUUUCAAUGAAGUACCUUUCCGUGCUGAAGUAUCUUCUGGAUCUGGGCUGUGAUGCAGGUUCCUGCUUUGAGUGUCAGUACGGAAAUGGCCCACACCCAGCAUUAAAUUGCAGGCGGGAAAGACUUAAUGAUCCUCAGCUGACCAGGGAGCCAACUGUAGUACAGUUUUGUGAAAUGGUGUCUACUCCAGAGAUAAGUCGCUGGGCUGGGCCGAUCAUCGACGUUCUUCUGGAUUAUGUGGGUAACGUGCAGCUCUGUUCCCGGCUCAAGGAGCACAUUGACAGCUAUGAGGACUGGGCUGUCAUUAAAGAAAAAGCAGAACCUCCACGACCUCUUUCCCAUCUUUGCCGCAUCAAGAAGAUCUUAUCGCUACAAGACCCAGCCUCUCCGACCUCCUUGGACCUCUGUGGCUAUAACAAUACCAUGAUUGAAAGUAAGAGAAAUUAUUUCAAAAUUAUGGAAGUCAAACUUCAAAAUUUAUGAAAAUGAAUACCCAGACUUAGGUUUCCAAAUCCUUGCUCAUGUGCCUAACAAUGCCAAGUUGCUUGCACCAGGUGUCGUUCCACUUAAACCAGGGGGAUCAUAUUCAGUAUCAGAUAUUACUGAGGCAGAAUAUAAAUCUCAGAAUUUAGCCCUGAAUAUUCUGACUCUGGAAGUUUGAAGUAUCUGUUAGCUUCCUUUGACAGUGAUGAAAGUUAUUAUCUCUGUUUCCUUGAAAAUUAGGUCACCUAUUUACAGCUCAGAUCCACAACUGAUUUAUGGCAGCUUAACAAGUCACCAUCUAUCUGCUGAACCACUAUAAUUGUCCGUGAAAUUCUUUUAUUGAAGUUUUUAACAAGUCACAUUCCCUCACAGCUGGGGAGGCCAAGGAACCCAUGAACAGUUAUUGGCAGUGACUACAGCUCACUUGACAGGUGUGACUUGCUGAACUGCUUUGAUGAGUGCUUUGUUCCUCACUAGGCACCUAAGAAAGUAUGGAAGAAACUAAACUUGGAACUACAUCUUUGCAGAUCUUAUGCUAGAAGUAUCUCCUUGCCUUAGGUGACAGAGGAGCUGUGCACCAUGGUCUGCUUGGAGUCCCCACCAAAGACCUUACAAAUCUGGUUUUGUUUGUUGGUCUGCAUACCAUCCAUGGAAUAUGAUAGAAAUGUAAGUAGGGAAAAUACAUUGCACUGAGUUUUAUUUGUGUGGAGUUUCAUACCUUAACACAGGACUAAAGUGUGUUGCACAAAUACAAGUAAUACAAUCUGUCUGGGCACACAGACUGUGAUGA